AUGAGCGUCACGACCACCGCAACCGUACCAUCGCGACCAGAGCACGGCCCGGUAGAAUGCGGCGACCUCAACACAUGGGGUCGCAACUCUCUUGACUCCGUAGGACGCCGACGCAAGAGCUAUGGUCAGGCCGAGACCGUACCUAUGCGCUGCAGUGGCAGGGUCGGCUGGGUCACCGUCCACUACAGCAACGUCCACGCCGACCCCUUCGCAGUAGCUGGCGGGUCAUCGAGCGCGGAAACACCAGCCCAAGUCACAUUUUCGGCGAAAGACGAGGCAUCGAAACGCCGGUCCUCGAGCCUAGCUCGUGCCGCCGCGUACUUGUCAAACGUCCCCACGCUCCUUAGCACGACAUCAGGUACUUCGGCGGUCAUUACUGCGCAGAGGCUUAAGGGCGAAGAGGGAGCGGAAGCCGGGAACGCGGCAGCAGCGGGCAAGUAUGCGGAUGGCUCAACACCCGCGCGCGCCCCGGCAUUACCGCGAAUUUCUUCAGUGGCCUGGACGAUUUCUGUGGAUAGUGAUGGCGGCGGGGCUACUCUGCGGGUGUUGCCCACGCCGAAACCGCGUUCAAGGCCGACAGCCCAGUCGUUCAUGCCCAGGGCGGCUGGCAGUUCCGAGUGUGGAGUCAAGGAUACGUGCGCACUGCACGAUGGCGCUCGCGCGAGCAGCGCAGAUCUGGCCCCGGCACCAUUUCCAAGCAUUGCUGGCACACUCACAGGCCUGGCCAUCACUGCCUCGGAGCGCAUCGUAGGUCGCGCAACCCAAGCACUCAGUCACACGAAUGAGCGUGAGGGCAGUGGCCCACCGAGAUCUGCCCACAUCCGCAAGGAGAGUCAUGUCGUAACCCAGAACCCCCAGCAUUCCAAGUAUACGCGACCAGUCACGGACCAUGAGCCCCGGCGGCACACGACUGGUGGCCGUGAUGGUAAGACACUGGUAGGCCUCAUGACUGAGGUCACUGGCGUUGGUGAAAACGGCUUGGUUGUGUAA